GUGAAACCUAGUCUAGAGAGUCAGCACACGCAGGAGCUUCAACAACCACUCAUACGUAUGCAUCGAUCACCUUAUAUAACUGUCUGUCUGGUCUCUUAGUUUUCUGUGCUGUUUUGCUAAAUCAGUUGGAGAAGAAGAGGAGGUACAGUACGUACUCCAUAGACGAAGAAGAUCGAAAUGGGAAGAGCGCCGUGCUGUGAAAAAGUUGGGCUAAAAAGAGGAAGGUGGACAGCCGAAGAAGACGAGAUCUUGACAAACUACAUUCAACUCCAUGGAGAAGGCUCUUGGAGAUCUUUGCCCAAGAAUGCAGGUUUGCUAAGGUGCGGGAAGAGUUGCAGACUGAGGUGGAUAAAUUAUCUGAGGACUGACUUGAGGAGAGGGAACAUCACACAAGAGGAGGAAGAAACCAUUGUUAAGUUGCACACUGCUUUGGGUAAUAGGUGGUCAUUGAUUGCUGCACACUUACCAGGAAGAACAGACAAUGAGAUUAAAAACUACUGGAACUCUCAUUUGAGUCGCAAAAUUUACACCUUCACCAAGCUUAUGAAAAACGAAUGUCUCAUCCCCACCAUGAUCAAUAAUGUUUCGAAGUUAGCUGCUGCGAAAUCGAAGCGCAGAGUACGUACAAGCAGAUUCGCCAUGAAAAGCAAGAAUAAGCUCAACAAGAAUGGUACAGUACUAGCCCCAUUUCCACAAGUUCCAAAGCCAGCUUAUAAGAGUGAUGUGUUUGAAUCAUUAACCGGAGAAAACCCAAAUCAAGUGCAAACCAGUCAUUCAAUGGGCUUGGAGUGUUGGGCCCCAAAAGAGAGAGAUGAAAAAGAGGAAGAGGAGAAUACAAUAAGAACGUUGGGUGGUGUGCAAGGUUCUUGCUUGGAUAUUACAGCAGGGAUGAUUAGUUCCACUACUCCUGCUAUAUAUGCUGCUAAUAAUGGAGAAAAAGAGGCAUUGGACCCAUAUGAAUGUGUAGACAGUGAUGUAAUUGUGGAUCAUAACCCAAGUGGGGUUACCACUGUUGUAGGGUUUAAGGAGCAGAGAGAAAAUGGGGCCAUGGGUUUUACAGAUGACCAUGAGGUGACCGUAAAGAGUCAUCAAGGUAUUUGGAGCUCAAAUAUUGAAGGGAGCUGUGGUGAGAUGUAUGCUUUCUCGUCACCACUGAAUGCCGCCUUUGAUGAUCAUGAAUGGCUCAAUUGUGAUUGGGUAGGUGGUGGUGGUGGUCUUCAAUGUCAUAAUGAUGAAUUGGAGUUAUGGGAUGAAGGAGAGGUGAGGAUACCUUGGUUAUGGGAGAGUGGCAAUGACGUCGGUGAUCAAAGAGACUAAUUGCUUGAACCAUGUAUACAAAUUUAUUUCUGUUAUUUGAUUGUGUGCAUGUAGACAUGGUGUUUGUAGAAUUACGUCCGGAUACGCAUUAAAUGUGUUCUUUGAGCAAAUGAAUAUCAACUUUGUAACCCUUUUUUUCUCUUUUCACCUUGCACGGUGAUUUCUAAUGGUUCGCCUCGGAUUCAGAAAAUCUCAGGUGCAGCUG